AAAUCGAACGAAUAGUAAUUGUAUAUUACGACAUAAAUGAAUUACGAUUAUGCAAAAUAAAUAUAUACGGUUUUGCUAGAUAAGUUGUUCUCUACGGCAAACGUUUACACUUUAAAGCAGCAAAUUUAAUGAAAAAAUCAUAGGAAAAGCGGUUCUAUUGCAUCCCGCAAUUCUUAGUUCGUAUCCGUUAAUGAUGCGAUUUAAGAAUGAGGCUUCUUGCGAAAUCAUAUUUAGCGUGAAGAAUUCGCUAUGAGAAUUCAAAAUAUAGAAAACGCAUGGAUCAAGAGCCCCUAGUAGAUAGUGUUAGGGAUUUAAUUUUUCCAAGCAAACAAAAAUACGAUAAUCGCUUUCAACACUAAUGGUAGUUAGUGCAACUAGGAAGUGCUAAUUAAUAAUUCCAGCGAGAUAUUGAUCUCGAUCGUAACUAUGGUACUCCGCAAGGAGCGACCAUGGUCACAGCUACAAAAUAGUUCGCCAUUACUGGACGAUGGCCCAACACCACAAGAUGCUGUUAAUAUACGACAAUGUUAAGACAAUACGGUUGAAUAAUUUGUUCUUCGUUAGCAAUAGAUAAAUUAUAAUAACUGUGUAAAAUGUUUAUCCAAGCUGGGCAUUUAUACAAAGGUGAAUGUGAUAGCGAAAUAAAGUUUGACUUUAAGACAAGUGCAGGCGUAGCGAGGUUCGACUGAAAGGAUCUCGAAAGCUAACCGAAUAUAAAUAGAAUAGAACUACGAGGUGAAAAUAAGUCUUGUUCGAUUGCUUAAGACUUCUUCCUGAUCCGAGUCUAUGACGACUGUUAUUGUUAUUGUGGUCUUUAUGAAAACGUAUGUGGUACAUAGGGCUUCCAAUUACCGGCCAGACUAAGCCGAUGUGAUGAGCCAUCUUCAUGAAAUAUGGCCAUAUCAGAUCCCGUAUCAAUCAUUGUCGCCUCAUCCUUACUCUCUUUAGUUGCUUAUCUUAUUGAAAUAGAGGAAAAGCAUUUUCUAAGAUUUCUUUAAAACAAAUCAACUAGCCGACCGCUGACGCAUACAUGUUGUCAUCGCUGACCACCAACAUAUAAAGUAUUAGUAUCAUUUCCUCUAGACUGCGUUUUAAGAACAUGCCAUCUUUGCAGGAAUAUGUCAUAUUAAGUAAAACAUCGAUUCUUGACUCUUUUUCAGUUAAAUGUAGAUUCCGCUUUAAUCUGAUCUUCCUUUUACUAAAAGCAGCCUCUCAUAGACACACCAUUGGCAUCACCACAGCUGAAUUAAAGCUAAAUUGAAUAACAACAAAUUUAAAAGCAAUCUUUCUAUCAGCGUACAGGGUCUUCCCAUUAGGUACCGCUUCCAAUUCGAACAAAAGACAAUAUGCACAUUGAGAAUGGCGAGGAGAAAAACGGGACCGCCCCAUCGCAAAGGUCGAACUUCAAUAGCAGACCACCCCGCAUGGAUGCGAUACACGAAAAGGGAUCAUCUAUUUGUUAUUUAAACUGCAUGAUUUCAUUUCGUUCGUAUAUAGAAAUAUCUCAGAAAGGUGUGACUGCCAAAGUAUUGCCAUGAGAAAGUUUUCGAACGCGAUGACAGGCGCUAUAUAAUUUGACGCAGUGGUAUAACUGUCUUACUGGUUGUUUCAAGGUGUUAGACAUACGAAGUAGAACUGAAGAGUACACUGGUUGAACUUUAAAAACGUUGGGGGGGGGGGAGCAGUCCUUGUCAUGAAGGGAUCAGUAUAAGAUCCUCUUACACAAAUGUGUAUCUACUUGAUGGGGAAGUAGGACGGAUUAAAAAGUUCGCAAAGUGUGCGGAUGUCAACUUGAUCAGAACUGUGAGGCGAGAACGGAUCAGACACCGUUGGAUAAUUUAGUGAAUCGUUGAAGUGAAGCUGUCUGCUUGUUCUGCCGAGGUUUAGCCUGGUGAAGUCAAAAGAAUGAAGCAAGCCGAUUUCAGAACUGCAAGUGCGCACCCGCAUAAGGGCAGCCAUGAACAUUGUUACUACACGCUUGGCGAGCAGAACCUUUUGCAGCUCCGAGCACGGCUUAAGUCCUUUCAGGAAGUGUAUCACCAAAAGCAUCGAACUUUCAGUUCUAUGGAUGAUAGCGAAGUCCCUAGAUUUAACCCCAGAUGUGGGCUCGGUCAAAUAGGCUUCCGUAGACGUCGGGAACCGUUAAGUCACUUUUGCCAAUUCGGAAUUGACAAACCAAUCAAAGAAGGUCGACGGAAUCUUGAAGAGACACACGCUAAAGGUAGAAGCUCGGAAGCACAGAAGAAGUCGAGUUCAGUCAGCGCUCUGGAGCAUUUGUUCACUCCGCAACGUAUGCUGGAAGACUCCGUCGACGCUGCUACGAUGCGGCAGCGAAAGAAUUUUGAGAAUCACUUGCGUAAGUUCUUCGUUGAAACGAAUAGCCGAAGGCAUGCGCUAAAGAAUUACAGCACGUUUAAGGAAGAUUCCCAAGUGAAAACCACCUGGAUAGCACAUCCCUGGAGUGUUAACCGGCUGCGCUGGGAUCUUAUCAUGGUAUUAGUUUGUACCCUCAGCAUGAUAUUAGUUCCGAUUAUGGUGGCGUUCCUAGAGUAUUUCGACUGGUGGGACGAGUGCCUUGCAUUCAACCUGACUUCUGAUGUAAUCUCAGCCGCGGAUAUCAUCUUUAAUCUUCGUACUGGCUUUGUCGAUCGAAGCGGGGUCUCCUACAAGGUGAACCUGUCAUCAGAAGCUAUUCGCUCUCACUACCUAAAAGGAUGGUUCGCCGCGGAUUUCAUAUCGACCUUCCCGUUUGACUACACUCUGCCAAAGAUCAUCCAAGUAUUCUGCUUUGAGGACUUUGAAUUGAGUACCCGUAUGCAAAUGCUGGGAAAGUUUUUUGGUCUUCUUCGAUUGCUACGGGUCUGCCGACUUGUGCGGUACAUGACAAAACUGCAGAGGUCGUUUUCCAGCUCGACGCACUGGGUCUUUCUUCGAACGCUAAACAUGGUCUCACUUAUGGUACUGACAGCCCACUGGAAUGGCUGUCUUCAUUUUUUGGUCAGCUCUUGCCUCGGUUUUCCCGACCGGGGUUGGAUUGCCCGCACCGGCAUUAAGGACUCAUCGUGGAUGGUUCAGUAUUCUUGGUCGCUCUUUAACUCACUAUCGCAGACGCUGUGCAUAGGGUACGGCCGCAUGGCUCCGGAGACCUUGGUCGACAUGUGGUUUACUCUAUGGGGGAUGCUUAGUGGGUCUGUUGGGUUCUGUUUGAUCAUUGCACAUAUUGCUGCAGUUUGGCAACAGAUGGAUGCACCCCGGAAACUACAUCGACAAAAAAUGGCCGAACUUGAAGAUUACAUGUCCUAUAAAGCCUUUGAUGCGAAACUGCGUUCCAAGAUCCGGGACUACUUUGAGCAACGCUACCAUGGUCGGGUAUUUGACGAAGAAAGAAUAUUGGCAUGUAUGUCUGAACCACUUCGAGAGUUGGUAAUGCGGCACAAUUGUCAGACGAUGAUUUCGUCUUUACCGUUCCUGAGUUCAGCGGAGCCACCGUUCCUCAACGAGCUCGUCACGCAUCUGAAAUUUGAAUUAUAUCAACCAGAUGACAUUAUUGUGUCUCAUGGAACUGUUGGGGAAAAAAUGUUCUUCAUUCAAAGUGGCGAAGUGACAAUUCUCAACCACGAUGGCGCAGUACUGGCUUCACUUCACGAAGGCCAAUACUUCGGAGAGCUUAGCCUUCUCGUCCGUUGUGAACGCAAUGCAACAGUACGGGCUGCGACGCAUUGCAGCUGUUUCACAUUGGACGUAAACGACUUCAGACAGGUGCUCGUGCACUUCCCGCAUAUCGAAGUUUCGAUCCGAACCCUUUCGCGGGACAUUCACGCCAUGUGCGAUCGUAUGUCACAGGACGGUCCCACCAGUUUAAUUUCAGCCGUGUCAAUGAUGACCGGAACCUUGUAUGAUGGAGCCGAACCGAUGGCUGAGGAUGUUGAAGCUCCUCCGGAUUUUUCAGACUGUUCAAACGCUGCCCUUGGAGCGUCACAGAGACAGACGACUACUAGUUCCUACCAGCUGUGAGCCGCCUACACCCGCUUCUCGAUGCUACAACAAGUGUUAAAAUAGGAGAUUUAGAAAAGGCACUCAGCGAAUACUCAAUGAAGAUUAUGCACAAAGAAAGAUCUUGAUUCGUCUUGGCAACAUAAUGAACUAACGAAUUUAUCGUAACAAAAACCCUAAUCCUUUAUGAAAAAUAAAACAUAUCUUACGUAAUUUUCACUCUUUGACACUACAAUUCUAUCAUACCUUACAAAGAAUUUUGGCAGUGCCCUUCCAUUUUUGACUUGCACGGAUAAUACUCCACUUUGUUGCAAAGUUAGCGUUGGAAACGCAUACACUGAUCGUCUUUUAAUAGCUGUUUUAUUAAUAUUGCUAUAGUCCUGCAGAUGUGUACCUUAUAAAACAACUAAUUUUCUUGUAAUAAAGGUUUUCCUUCUAGACUAGGUAUUGUUAUACAGUAUUCUACCAAUAACUGAAUUGUAGGCGAUUUUAGGCAGCAGUCAAAUCUUUUCCACGAAGAUCUACCGUUCUCGUAAUAAAGGCCUGCCCGACUAAAAUAUAUGGACACACAGAGAAACGCAGACGAAAAAAAAACAUUUCUAAAUUAUGGAUUUUCAUUUUUACAGACAGUUGCAUGUUUAACUAGAAGUUGGUAAACUGUAAACGGAAUAAUAAUUUGCUUAUAAAAUGUUUUAUUUGAUGCGUAGAUAAAGGUGCAAUGUUCAAAAAGGAACGUACAGAGACUUCGAUUAUCCAUUGUUCUGCAUUUAGUUCCGGUAUAGUAUUCGGCUUUUUAAACAGCAAAAUCUAGCACACUGAGAGUACAUUAUACGUUAAGAGACCACUGAACCCAAUCAUAUAGUCAACGCAAUAACUACAUCGCCAAAUAUAUCUGUACACGUAGAUGCGUUGUUAUUGGGUGUUUAUACAAUCUGACUUAGAGUAACUAAUAUAAUAUAUAUAUAUGGCUAGUGUUUUAUACUAAUAAAAAAUAGAACAUUACUUGCUACGGUUUUUUAAUUGGCAAAACGUAUAGCCGUAUUCAGUAUUUGCGUUACUGCCUAUAUGAGCCUUUAAUUAACUAUCGCUUUCUGAAGAAAUCCUUAUUACUCUACGACGUGUUUACUGUCAAUAAUGCGGGAAUAUCAGUCAACAAGAAAAUUAAAGUAUACGUUUUCACUAUUUUUAGGA